UUGAUAUAUCUUUUGUCACCUCAAAAUGGUGUUGAUGUAGAGGACUAAUUUCCCCUGUAGCUCAGUCUGAUUGGUCAAACUGGCUCUUGACACUUCUCUAUUACUAGGCAGUGGAUUUAACAGAUAAUAAGAGAACAGCUAGUGGCUCCAGACCAAUCGAGACUGUUUUGUCCUUUUUUCUCCCAUGCAGUGACAGAAAAUGGAUGCCACUAAAAAUCUGAUAAGUGAGGCACUUGAGCAGCUAAUGAAUGCGGAGUUCAAGAAGUUCGUCUGGCACCUGUGGAACGGUGUGGCAGCAGACAUCGAGGCCAUUCCUCGAGCGGCUCUGGAGAACGCUGAUCGGCAGGAUGUGGUGGAUUGCAUGGUGCAGAAGUACAGCACUAACGCUGGGACCGUUGCAGUACAAGUGCUGCUCAACAUCAACCAGAAUGAUCUCGCAAAGCGCCUCGAUGUGAAACUUCAGAAAGCGAGUUCUAGCUGAUUAGGAAGAGUUCAGCAGGAACAAUCCCAUCUACCGCAACACAGCCACCAAAAUAAAAUCAAGGGAACAUUGUUUUAAGAUUUUAUUCAUCUGUAAUCUAGUUAUUAAUUGUCUUUCUGCAAAUCAGUAAUUGAUGAAAAAGGGUGUGCUUUCAGUUAGUUAAGAAACCUGUGAUGUUUCUAACAUAAACACAUCAUGUCUGUAUUUCUACAGUAACUCACAAAAAGAAUGAAUUUAAACAACAGCAGAAGUCAAAGUUAUUCUCUCAUCUAAUAAAUGUGAUGUUGUUUCUACUA